AGGAAGACCCGACUUGGAGAUAUCUCUCUAUAACGAUGAUCGAUUUGUACUUGGAGUCCCGGGAGCGUAAGUUAUUCUCGAAGGCGGCGUUUGCAAGACUUUCAUUUUCAACGUUUGUGUAUGUAUACGCGUAUUUUGCUCCAUAACGAAAAAAUACGAAGUGGUCUCUCUUCGUGAUCCGUGAAACCACGACAUCUUUGAUGUAGACUCUUAACAGUGAACUCUCCAAUAUCGACAUUGCACCGAGGGUGAGUGCCUCGUGCGUUCGCGAAUUUGAUUGCUACGGAACGAACUAUAUUAUUUUUGCGUCAAGAUUUUCGUACCUGGAGGCAACACUAGUUCUGAGAAAGGUCUUUAUUGGUCGCAAUAAUUCGCAGCAUUUAUGACCAAACCGAAGAUUUUUGCUCGCAUUCUGAUUCGAGAUCUCAGUCACUCGGCUGUCCGCCGUCUCGAAGUAAGGUUGGAAAAGUGUUGCAAGAUAAGAAGUGAUUGAAAAUAUGAAGAAGAGAUAAUAAAGAUAUUGUGAAUAAGAGGAUUAUAUGUCUUAAAGAUUCGUGCAGACCGGCGGAAGUGAAUUUUGUGCGCUUAAAGAUAUUAAACAUCAAUAGCUGUGAUAAGAGCAAAGGUAAAGAUUUUUGAGAUGUUAUGGUUAGAAGGUAGGAACAAACGGGAUGACACAAAAAUAGAAGAAGACCUUGGAAAAGAGUCAAUGAAGUGUUUAUUGAGAAGAUAUGGGUUGAACAGAUAAAUUGAGAAGAUGGGUAGGUACGACGGGAGAAGAUGACACCGAGAAGACGAUAAUUGGCGACACUCUUUUUAUCUACUCUAACUCAAUAUAUCGCUAAUAGCGCUCCACGAGCACAGUCUGUAUCUAUCGAUGUGACUUCAAGUACAAUAUAAUUAUACUUUAUACGUAAACAGUUAUUGCUAUCAGUAUGUACGACACGGUACCAAACAAUUCUCAUGAUGACACGUGUGAUAUUAAGUGCAAAGAAGAAAUUAUUACGAAAAGAGAAACACAAAAAACGGAUAUCGUGUGGUUUACGGUCUUUUACUUAUUUAUGAUGCACACCAUUGGACUUUAUGGUUUAAUCACGUUCAACUACUUUGAAAAUUUAAAGACAACUUUGUGGUUACUAAUCUUGUAUAACCUAGGAUGCAUCGGUGUAACUGCUGGUGCUCAUAGAUUUUGGUCUCAUCGAUCGUACAGCGCUAAUCUACCGCUCAGGCUCAUCCUUUUCGUUUGUUACUGUUCGAGCGGAGGGGUCUCUAUUUAUAGUUGGGUACGGAUUCAUCGUGUACAUCACAAAUACGUCGACACAGAUUUAGAUCCUCACAACAGCCGACGCGGCUUUUUCUUUUGCCACAUAGGUUGGAUUCUAAGAAGACUCAGGCCUGAAAUCAUUCAAAAGUUACGUGAGACUGAUAUGCGGGACAUUUUGGCAGACCCAAUCAUCGCUUUUCAUAAAAAAUAUGUUACAUUAGUGAACAUGAUAUUCUCUUAUGUCUUGCCCACGUUGAUACCAGUUUACUUCUGGGAUGAGACUUGGAACAGAUCCUUUAUUUCACAAGUAGCUCGAGUAAUGCUGGUGUUACAUGCAAGUUUUUCCAUAAACAGUUUUGCUCACACGUGGGGUACCAAGCCAUACAAUAAAAAUAUACGACCGACAGAGAAUAUGAGCGUGAGUGUAGUUUGUAGUGGCGAAGGAUUUCAUAAUUAUCAUCACACAUUUCCUUGGGACUAUCGUGCAUCCGAGUUUAAUUGGUAUAUUUUCAAUCACUCGUCGUUUUUCAUCGACAUGUUCGCGAAGAUCGGAUGGGCCUACAAUCUCAAGAAACCGUCCCCUGAGCUUGUGAAACGAGUUGCUGCCGAUAAGGGCGAUGGCUCCCGUGCCAAAUGGGACGAAAUCCCAGUGUGCAAUUGAAGUGCCAAAGAUUAAAAUGCAACACACAUACAGGUAGAAUAAAUUUAGUUCAUUAAAGUAUAAUCUUACUUUAUUGUUAGCAAAAACUUGUUUACAUUUUCACACUUACGAGAUUAGGAAAAAAAUAUGUAAAAAUAUAUGAAGUAUAAACUAG